CGCGGAUGCUCAGGCGCCUCCGAGUCUGGGCUUCCAGGUCCAGGUGGCUUCCCAAGCAGCUCUGUGUCUGGUGAUGGAUUUCGGGGACAGCUCUGGGGUUCAAGUGGCGAUCCGCAAUGUGACCGGAGGAAUGGCGGUCACCGCCUACCACCAGUUCAGGAAAGAAGGCGUCUAUGUGCUCAAGGCACAUAUCUACAACGAGUUUUGUGGAACUGAAAAGGAGCUUGGGCCUUACUUUGUGGAGAUUGGCCCUGCGACCGUGUCUGUGUUCAUGAAUUCCAGCAGCAUCCACAGGGACGAGCUUCUUGUCUUUGCUGACUCCAGGACAGGUCAGAAGGGCACUGUUGUCUCACAUCGAUUUCCAGCUGGUCCCUUGGGUAACGUGGCCUUCACUUCUCAGAGCCGAGCAGGGGGCAGCCAGGCUUGGCGCCGCGUCACGGUCGGGUAUCACAUGCAGCCCGUCUCUGUCUACACAAAUGGAACCGUGUUUGCCACCGACACCUACAUCACUUUUCUGGCUGUUACUGAGGAAAUGACCCCCCUGGAGUUCGUGUGGUUGUUCGGAGAAGGUCCCCCGGUGAAGACAAUGUCCAGGAGCAUUAAUAAAAGACUCAGCGUCCCCCAGUGGUACCGCGUGACGGUGCAGGCUGCCAGUGGGCUGGGCAGCGUGGCCUCGGAGCCCCGCCGCAUCAGGACGCAGCGGAGAAUCGCCGCCAACCGGCUUGUGUCCCCCUCCUCGGCUCUGCCGAACGCCAGCGUGACCUUUGAGUGCAGACUCAACUUUGGCACCGACGUCACUUUCCUGUGGGACUUCGGGGACGGCACCGCGGGCCCCGGGGACAGCUCUGCUCGUCACACCUACAGCAGGGAAGGACAGUUCACCGUCCAGGUACUUGCCUUCAAUGACGUCAGCACCACCUCCCUGAGAAAGCAACUGUUCAUCGUGCGGGAGCCCUGCCAGCCACCCCCUGUGAAGAACAUGGGGCCGGGGAAGGUGCAGGUGUGGAGGUCUCAGCCUGUGACCCUGGGUGUGACAUUCGAGUCUGAGAUCCUCUGUGACAUAUCCCGAGGCCUCUCCUACACCUGGACCUUCUGGAACUCCCAGGGGUGGCCAGUGCCCCUGCCCCCUGCUGUCAGCACCCACAGGCAGACCGUCACUGUCCCCAGCUAUUUCCUGGAGCCCGGGAACUAUACCGCUCUUGCCAGGGUUCAGGUGGAAGGCAGCGUGGUGCACAGCAACUACAGUGUGGCAGUGGAGGUGCGAGCCCGGGCCCCCGUCAGCGUCAUCUCCGAGGGCACGCACCUGCUCCUCUCCAGAGCCCCCUCGUUCACCGUCGUCCUCACGGGCUCCCAGUCGUACGACCCAGACCACCCGGGGGCCACCCUCAGUUAUCACUGGACAUGCACGGCGGCCAGCAGCCCCGGGCACUCGUGCUUCGCUGCCUCCUCCCCACGCAGCCUGGGUGCUGGGGCUCCCUCCCUGGCCUUCCCUGCAGACUCGCUCAGCGACAGCUAUGACCAGUUUCUCGUGACGCUGACGGUGUCCAGCGCCGGCCGGAACUCUACAGCGGCGCAGGUGUUCCUCUCCCCUCGCCCGGACUCGGCUCUCAGAUUCGUCCACAUUUCCUGGGUCAGCUUUAAGGACAUGUUUGUUAACUGGAAUGAGGAGCUUUCUUUUCAAGCCAAGUGUGAUGAGUGUGGUGAAGGGCUCCAUCUGUCUUACUCCUGGGACCUCUUCCUGGUCAACGCGACAGAAAGGACCCGAAUGGAAGUUCCCCUUUGUAGAACAGUGGGGCUGCUGGGCGCCGCCGGACUGGGGGCCGUUUCGAAGCUGCCAGAGUCCAGCGCACCGUCCACGGAGCCGAGCUGGCUGGAGCCGCAUGCAGUGGGCACACCAUCUUCACGGGAGCCAUCACCACACACCCGGGGCCUGACGGGGAAACCCUCCUCGGGGCCCGCGGUUGGCUGGCACCGGGUCCCUGCUGCGGGUGACCAGGGGUCCCCGGGACCCACCCCCCCUGGGAGGCCGUCCCCCCAGAGCCCGUGCCCUUCCCCCUCUGAUUUUGAAGCCUAUUACAGUGAUAUUCAGGAAGCCGUGCCGACCAGAGGGAGACGGCCCGCCGACUGGGCUGAUGCCAGCCUCCCGGGAGCAGGCCCAAGUUCAAGUGCUGACGGGGACAACCUGCUGGGCCCCUCGGCCCCCCUGGCCGCUGCCAGGCCCACCCUCACGGUGGACUGGCCCAAGUCCCCGGUCGGCCGCGCUCGUUUCCACGGCUACACCUCCUCUGGUAUCACAGGGCACACGGUGACGAUAAAGCCAUUCUCCCUGAGCCCUGGGGACACAUACGUCCUGCAAGCCUCUGUGGCUUCCCCGCACCACUUACUGGGGAGAGCUCAGCUGUACAUGACGCUCAAUCCGGCUCCACGGGACGUGGCCUGCCAGGUGCAGCCACACCGCGGCCUCGAGGCUCACACCGUCUUCAGUGUCUUCUGCAUGUCGGGGAGACCGGACUUCCGUUACGAAUUUAGUUAUCAGAUAGGAAAUGCCUCCAAACGCACUCUGUACCAUGGGAGAGACAGCCAGUAUUAUUCCAUGCUGCCAGCUGGCGAGCCCUUGGACGAUUAUAAAGUCACACUGUCCACUGAGAUCACAGAUGGGGCGGGCUCCCGGGUGCCACCAUGCGCCGUGACAGUGACCGUGCAGCCCCGUUUCCACGGGAAUCUCUGCCUGGACGAGGACACCUAUAACUCCAGCCUGAAGCACCUCUCCACCCUUCAGCUGAUGGGCAGUUACACAGAGGUCAGGAACUACAUCACCGUGAUGACCAGGGUCCUGACUCGUUGGGCUGCGGAGGACAGAAGUCCCUUGUGUGGCCAAUGGUCACGAAUACAGGAUGCGCUGAUUUCUUCUGUGUGCAGACUGCCUUUCACAGAUCAGGAAGAAAUGAGCGCUUCUGUUCUCAUGUUAAGGGACCUCCUACGCUUCCCUCACAAGUUAAGCUUUACGAGUGCGGCUCUCAUCCUCAAAGCCGCCCGGGCGCUCCAGGCUCAAAGCCCACUGUCGGGGAGGCUCGCGGUGGACGAGGGGCCGAGGCUUGAGCUCAUCCUGCUGGUGUCCGAAGUCUUGGAAGCAUAUGACCAGGACAAACCGAGGACUGUGGGAUGCCUGCAAGAAGAGGGGAUUAAGGUCAUCUCAGAGCUCUUGCUGGAUGGCCUUUCUGCAAACAAGGAGAAUCGGCUCCACAUCAGCACUGGGCAGAUGGAGUUCCACAUGCUUCUUCAUCGCGACCUGCAGAGCUGCGUGCAGGGCCUGGGCUCCGUCCAGGUGCAUUUCCCUGCAGACCUGGCUAGACAGAGUCCUGCAGGGGUGGAAAUGCAGAGCCCAUGCUACAUUAGCCACCUCGUGCUCUUCAAGAAGAACCCGUAUCCAGGGGGCCAUGCUCCUGGUCAGAUUGGCCAGGUAGUCGCCCCGUCCCUGUUCAGCUGCUCCAGCAGGAGACCCAUCAGCAGGUGGCGGCUGAGGGAGCCCAUGACCGUGGAGUUCAGGGCGGAGGAUGGCCUGGAAAAUAGAAAUAAGACGACGUUUGUGCUGCUCCGGAAUAGAGUGAAUAUUCAUCAGUUCAUCGGGCAUUCGGCAAACCCCCAGGAAUCUCUGCACAUAAGGAUAGAAUUUUCUAGGCCUGUUUUGAGAGCUUUCCCGGUCAUGGUGCUGGUAAGGUUCUCUGAGAAACCUACUCCUUCUGAUUUUCUCGUGAGGAAUGUCUACAUCUGGGAUAAGCAGACGGUGCAUGUGUAUGUACCUGCUGGUCCUCCGAGAGACACCAGCUUGGGAUAUUUAUCCUUACUAGACGCUGACUAUGACAGAAGCCCUCCGAACAAAUACUUCGCGCAGGCAGUGAACUACACGGUGCAUUUCCAGUGGGUCCAGUGCCUCUUCUGGGAAGCGAGAGAGUGGAAAUCUGCAAGCUUCUCUCCACAGCCAGGAGCGUCUCCAGAAAAAGUGACCUGCAGCUACGACCGCCUUGUGCCCGUCUCUGUCGCAAGAAGAAACCUGAACACCAGUUUUUCAGUGAGUGACGUUUCCAAGUGGCAGAGACACCCAGAGAACCUGCUUCCCAGUAUUUUGGUGGUUGUUUUUACGAUUCUUUAUGCACUUCUGGUUACUAAAAGCAGACGUGUAGAUCGUCACGAGAAGAAGAAAGCUGGUUACAUUUUUCUGCAAGAAGGUGCUCCCCCCGGCCACCAGCUGUAUGCGGUUGUCGUGGACACGGGCUUCCGGUCUCCUGCCCGCUGUAGUGCCAAGGUUUACAUUGUUCUCUGUGGUGAGAAUGGGUUUUCAGAACCCAGAGAACUCUACUGUCCAGAGAGGCCCCUGUUUGAAAGGAAUUCCAGACAUACUUUCGUCCUGAGCGCCCCCGCCCUGCUGGGCCCGCUCCGGAGCGUCCGUCUCUGGCACGACAGCUGUGGGCCCUCCCCGGACUGGUACGUGAGCCACAUCAUGGUGAGAGUGCUGGCCCCCGGGCAUGGACGGAGCUCGCUCUUCCCCGCCGAGUGCUGGUUGGCGGCGAGCAGGCAGGAUGGCCGCGUGCAGCGGGAGCUGGGCUGCCUGCGCCGGGGUCUUGGCUUCUGGAAGCUCCUGUAUUCAAAGUUCACGGAGUAUCUGGAGGAUUUCCACGUCUGGACCUCCGUGUACAGCCAGCCCUCCCCCAGCAGCUUCCCGCACACAGCGCGCCUCACCGUUGCCUUUACCUUGCUGUGCGCGUAUGCCUGUCUCACGGCCCUGCUCACGGUUGCAGGACAAGAACAGCUCCCGUGGGCUCUCGGUGCCCCCGAUGCCACCGCCGGGUCCUUCCAGACGGGUCUCCUGUGCACCCUGCUGGCUUCUCCCGGGGCACAGCUCUUGUCGCUGCUCUUGAGGCUCAGCCAGGAAGCCAGCAGGCCCCUGAGAAGAGCGCCCUCGGAGGCAGCUCAGGGCCCUCACUCCCGGGGAAGGACGGCAGACGCCCAGAAGACGCACGAGUGUCACGGCCUCUCGGGGUGCCCCAGGGCCUGCAGGGGGGCAGUGGGUGGCCGGAGUGUGGGCUGUCCAUCCCCAGAGCAGGAGACCUGCGGAGCUGACGCCGGCCAGCAGGCUCCGAGGGAGAAGGGGACCCGCGGCGCUGUCCAUGUGCAAGCCCCCAACAGCGGAUUUCGAGGACUUGCUGAGCUUCGGUGGCCACGGGCUCUGUGGCCUUGGUCACGCUGCGCGGUGUGGGCCGUUUGCGGGAUGGUUUCCGUGGCCUGUGGCUCAGGGACGGCGUUUCUGGGAUACAGGUUCAGCCCGACGCAGUGUGUGCGCUGGCUGCACCUGCUGACGCUGUCCGUGCUGUGCUGUGUUUUCAUCUCGCAGCCGCUUCUGGUGGGCCUUGUGGCCGUGGGCUUUGCCUGGAGAAGGAGAGACGACCCGCACUUCUUCACCGAGUCUCUGCGCGCGGCCACCGAAGACCUGGACGCUGAGCUUGAGGAGCGAGCGAGGCCCCGCACGCGCCAGCAUGCGAGCCCGAUGGAGGAGAUGUUGGCCGCCCGACAGCAAGCGCGCCGCCUGCGCUGGGCGCGUCCGCCGUCUGCAGCCCAGCUCAGCGUCAUCAGGGAGAGGAUGAGAAGAGAGACCCGCACCAGGGUGGCCCUGAGAGACAUCUGCAUGUACACCCUCAUGCUGCUUCUGCAUGUGUUUAUACUUUGUGGGAGAUGCUCCCAGGAUGAAUAUUCUCUCAAUCAAGCCAUCCGGAAUGAGUUUACAAGGGGUGCCAGGAGCGUCUCUGGCGGCCUGAGAAGUGUGGGUGACUGGUGGGGCUGGAGUCUGAGCACGCUGCUGGACGGCCUGCAUGGGGGAGGCGCCUCCACGGCCGGCCCGCCAGGCGCUCAGCCUGGAGCCCUUGGUGGGAAGUGCUACCUACUGGGCACUCCGGUCAUCCAGCAGCUGAGAGAUCCUUCUGGCGGCGUGUGCGAGCUUCCCAGCCCACCUUCAGCGCUUUCCGAAGACUCUCCUCCUCCGCAUGGCCCCAAAGUCGGAGGCCCUGACACCCCCUCCGUGGCAGAUCCCGCCGUCCAAAGAGUGGCCCCGAGUGGCCCCAGAGGCUGUGGGGCCGGGGAGCCCUGGGUGCUCAGCCUGGGCAGCACAAGGCCGGCAGCCCACGCGGCCCUCAGCAGCCUCCGGGCCAGCAGGUGGAUCGACCGCAGCACCAGAACCGUGUCUGUGCACUUCGCUCUCUAUAACCCCCCGACUCAACUCCUGUCUGUUGUGUCCCUUCGCGCCGAGCUUCUCCCUGCGGGGGGCCUGGCCUUCUCCCCGCUGGUGGAGUCGCUGGCUGUCUUCCGCAGUGACUCGGCCCUGUGGCCCGGCCCCACGCUUCCUGAGCUGGCCUUCCUGCUGCUCAGCCUGACUCACCUCUGCUUGCGACUCUGCAGCCUGGCCGAGAAGGGUUUCCGCAGCUACUGGCGCAAACCAGGGACCUGGCUGGAGCUCGCCAUAGUGGGAGCCGGCCUCGCCUGCCACGCAGCCUCCAGCCACCUGGCCACGCUUGCUGGGGAGGUGACCGACCACUUCCACAGAGGACACUUCCGAGGAUUUAUGGAUCUCACUGUGGCGGCCUUGUGGAAUCAGAGGGUGACUUGGCUCCAGGGGACCCUCUCGUUCCUCCUGACGCUGAAGUUCAUCUGCCUCGUUGGCAUCCCGAGCACGAGGGCAUCCUGCUCCUUCCUGCUGCGUCGCUCUCUGGCUGGCAUCUGCACGGCAGGGCUGGUGGGCGUCCUGACACUGGCCGCCCACUGCCACCUGCGCGCGGUACCGCUGGGCGCCUUCGCAGACUUCUCCCGAGGCCCGCUGUUCCGUCUUCCGGGAAGAAGCCAAACAGACACAUCCCGCGGUCCUUCUGGGUCUGACCUGUGGGCCCCGGCUUGGUGCUGCGGGGCCCUUUUCACAGUAGUGAGCACUGCGUGGUGGGGAAUGCUGAGAGAUUCCCUCGUGACUCUUGCUCGAAAAAGGAAAUCUUUUCAAAGACAGUCCCUCUUGAGCCUGGCCGAUGUGACUGCCUGCGUGCAAGGGGCGGCCCAGGCCUGGCUGGGGCUGGAGAGGCCACAGCGGGAAGAGGCAGAGAUGGCUGAGAGGCAGAAUUACCACCUGGAUGAAGUUUCUGAUCUGCUAGAUGAACUUCUGUGGAAAAUUCAUGGUUUGUCGGACAGCCCACGACGUCCUCGUCCGGAGCAGCGAUUUGGUGAUACGGGAGAGGCCAGGGCAGAAGGCCGUCCCUCGGUGGGCGUUUCUGCCUAACAAGCCACUGAGGGAGGGAGGACUCACGGCAGCCCGGUGCCAUGCUAAGGUGCUCUCAAACAUCUGAACCCACACAACACCGUCUGCAGCCGACGUCCGGGCUUUAUAAGGACAAGAAUCAAGGUUCCAGGAAGGCACCCAUGAUUCAAGUUCACACAAGUAUACGGAAAACUAAGUCACAAUCGAGGUUUGUCUGUCACCAGACCAUCACUCAAAACCCCCCUCCCAACAGUCCAUAUUGGGGUAAGAGUCCAUCUCUACUGUUUUCCAGAUGGUUCCUUUCCUAGCUGCCCUGGAGCUACGUAUUGUUGUAUUUGUUUGCUUAUUUGUUUUACUGAAUCCGUCCUGGUAUCAAAAGACUAUCAUCUUAUUGUGUGACGUUUCUGUUCUAGCUGUUGAGUCUCGGUUCCUAUAAGGUAGCACAUAAAUCUAAUAAAUGCAAUAAAAUGGACUGGGAUGGGGGCGCCUGGGUGGCUCAGUCGAUUAAACAUCUGACUCUUGAUUUCGGCUCAGGUCAUAACCUCAGGGUGGUGAGAUCAA